AUGCUUUUCUUCUCUACUGCGGUCGUCCUGCUGGUUACAGCGCUGAGUUCACCUGUUAGAGCAGGAAAAUGUCCCAGAGUGUGCAGCUGUGACAGCACCAAACUCACAGUCAGCUGCAUCGGCAAGAACUUAACGGAGAUUCCUCCGACUAUCGAUGAGAUUACACUGAAACUUGACCUGAAGAACAACAACCUGCAGGUGCUGCCCAGGGGCGCCUUCAUGCUCGCACCUUACCUCACCCACCUCAACCUGCAGCGAUGCAACAUUGCUAAGGUGAAGGAGGGCGCUUUCCGGACCCUGGGGCGCCUGGUCUCCCUAAACCUGGCUUACAACAAAAUAGACAUCCUGUAUCAGGAGUCCUUUGACGGCCUCUCCUCCUUGAAGGAGCUGCACCUGGACCAUAACCGUGUGGAGGAGAUCCAGCCGGGAGCCUUCACACAGCUCGGUUUCCUCAACAUGUUGGCCCUCACCAACAACCAGCUGGUUUACAUCCCCAACAUGGCCUUCCAGGGCCUGCAAAGCAUCAAGUGGCUUCGUCUCAGCCAUAACUCCCUGAACAACUUGGCCCAUGAGGCUUUCACUGGACUGUUCACCCUGAACCGCCUCAGCCUGGACCACAAUGAGCUGCAGUUCUUCCCCACUCAGACUAUGAGCAGACUUCCUGAGGUCACACGCCUGGACAUGAGCCACAACCCCAUGAUCUACCUUGGGGAAGAGUCCGUCUCCAUGGCGAAGCUAACACACCUCUACCUCGACCACAUGUCCCUUCAGGACCUGUCAGAUCAGGCUUUGUCCCGCUCCCCUCUCCUCUCCCACCUGGACCUCAGCCACAACCAGCUUCGUUACCUGGAGCCUCUCUCAGGCCCCAAACAGCUGACCAGCCUCAACCUGACAGGCAACCCAGUGUACUGUAACUGCUACAUGCGGCCCCUGAGGCAGUGGGCGAGAGCCGGUGGUGUGAAGCUGCUGGGAGCCUGCGCUGGCCCUCCUCACCUCUCAGAUGAGCCGCUGCAGGCCGUGGCUCCUCUGGAUCUGCGCUGCCGCAGCAGGGGGGAGACGCUGCAGGACGAGUUUGAAGAGAACACAGGAAGCACCGCACCCCCACCCACAGCCAAGCCCAAGCAGAAAGUCAAGUGCCCACUGGACUGUGACUGUGAUAUUGAAGCUCAGCAUGCCACAUGUGAGGGUCGGGGUCACACCAAAGUCCCGCGAGGCUUCCCCGCCAAGACGCAGCUGCUCGACCUCCGCAGCAACCACUUCCACUACCUUCCUGCUAACAGCUUCCCGGGAACCAGCCAAGUUGUUUCUCUUCACCUGGAGUUCUGCAAAAUCCAUGAAAUCGAGGCCGGUGCCUUUCGGGGAAUGAAAAACCUGUUUUAUUUGUAUCUUUCUGACAAUGACCUCACAUCCCUGGACUCCGGAGCCUUUGCUGGAGCCCCCGAGCUCACCUACCUUCACCUGGAAGGGAACCGACUGGUACAGUAUCCAGGAUCAGCUCUGGCACUCUUACCAAGUCUGUUUGUGUUACACCUGGAGCGAAACACCAUCUCCAAACUAGAGCCCACUGGUCUGCUGGCCUCAGUAACCCCAAAACUCAGGGAACUUUACUUGACCAAUAACACCAUAACUGCUGUUGCCAAGGGUUCUCUGGGCUCUGCUUUCCUUGAGACACUUCACCUGGAUUCAAAUCAGCUAACAGAGAUGCCCACCCAUGCUCUGUCUGAGGCUCCGAACCUGGAGGAGCUCAAACUGUCUCACAACUCAAUUCGCUGGGUGGGACCAAACGCAUUCAAGCCAAUAUCCCAAAGUCUGAAGAGGCUGUACAUGGAUCAGAUGGGCAUGGAGAAGAUGUCCAGGGAUGCACUGGCUGGGCUGGGCCCCGGGCUGAGGACUCUGACUGUGAGAGGAAACCAGCUGGAGGAGCUCCCUGACCUGAGCCCUCUCACCGGGCUGGAGGUGGUCGACUUGCAGGAUAACCCUCUGCUGUGUGCCUGUUCUCUGCUGCCACUACGCAGGUGGAUUGAGAAUGCAAGUUUGGAGGUGGACGCCACCUGUGGUAACCCUCCUGAGGUCAGAGGUCAGAAGGUCAGGGACGUCCAGGUGUUCAUGUCCUGCCCAGAAAGCAACUCUCCUCCAGAUGAGAACAUUGUUGUUGCCCCCAAACCUCCAAAAGAAAAGAAACCAAAAGCCAGCCUCUCAAAGGCCCCUGGAGUCAAAGCUAGACCUGCAAAGCCGAAAGCCAAGGCCAAACCAUCCAAGCAAAAGCCUCAAAGAAAACCUGUGGCACCAAACGUAACAAAGAACAAGAAAACAUUGUAACAACUAAAUGUAACAAAUUAAAAGUGUGAAGAUCCUUCUUUUUUUUAUUUUUAUUAAAGUGCGUAAGAUUACAACUCUGUGUGGGCUUGUGUAGGAGACCUACAUGCUACAUUCAUAAGACUCAUUUGACACAUGCAGGGUUGCUAUAGGUGCUUUAAAUCCUUGAGAACAUUCGAAAUUUCAUUUGACAUAUUUAACAUUAGAUAGGAUGCCAAGUGUAACAAACGUGACAUUUUGAAACAUAAAACUUUAGUGUUAGUGUGUAGAAUUUCACAAAACAUAAUUUUGGUGGUUUAUAUCACAAUAAAAAUCAAUUUAAUGUGAUAAGGAUUGCAAUAAUGGGUAUACUGUAUGUUCUGUAUAUAAAUAUGUAAUGUAAUGUUGAAAAUGCUUGAAAAGUGCUUGAAUUUGACUUCUGAACAUUAAGUUCAGACUGCCAAAGUCAUCUCACAAGACUACAUCAGUAAUGAAUGAAAAGUAAAUAAAUAUUUACUUAUGUACAUACAGAUAAACAGCGGAUCAGUA